AAACAAGAAUACCAUUUGUCAUUUAAUAUUUAGCUGUGAAUGUAAGACGAAUAUCAGUUUGAUUAAGAAGGGAAAGUGAAUUCUUAAUAUUUUACUAAAAUACGCAAAUACUUUUCAUCAUUCUGUAUUUACUAUCAAAAGCCUUUGCUAUGACCUCCACAGUGCCUAACGAAAGAAAUGAAGAACGCCGACGCAGAGUACUACUAGGGCCCUUGCCAGCAGGUUUUUUAAGAGCUGAUGGAACUACGGAUACCAUGGAUACAGACUAUCAAGCAGCCCUGGCCUUACAGCAGCAAUUAUGUGGUGCUACAAUGCCUCCAGCAGGACCUCCUCUCACAGCCAGGCUAAGCGUCACAAUAGCACAGGCGAAACUCGUGAAGAAUUAUGGUCUAACCCGUAUGGAUCCCUACGUCAGAGUUCGCGUGGGUCAUUGUAUAUACGAGACUCAGACGGAUCCCAGCGGUGGAAAAACGCCGCGCUGGAACAAAGUUAUACAUUGUCUUCUACCCCCCGGCGUGAACUCGCUGUACCUGGAGAUCUUUGACGAAUGCUCCUUCACCAUGGACGAGCUGAUUGCUUGGACACAUAUCCCCAUACCUCAGGCUGUGCUCAAUGGCGAGACUCACGAGGACUGGUAUCCUCUGAACGGUAAACAGGGUGACGGUCUGGAGGGGAUGAUAAAUCUCGUUCUCAGCUAUUCGGUGGGUCCUGCGGCGAUCACCACCUACCCACCGGUGCUGGUGGUGCCGAGCACUGGUCUAGGCUACGCAGCCAUGCCAAUGUACCCGGCCCCUGUACACGCUAUGCCGCAGCAACAGCAACAGAUGACGCAGCAGCAACAAAUGGCACAGCAACAGCAACAGCAACAGCCGAUUACCGCGGAGCAACUACAACAGAUCGAGGAAAUGUUCCCGAGUAUCGACAAGGAAGUUGUUAAAUCAGUAUUGGACGCGAACCGCGGGAACAAAGACGCCGCUAUCAACUCCUUGCUGCAGAUGUCUGAGUAAUGUACACCGGGCCUUAUGUUAUACCGGUUACAUAGUGUGGAUGCGGCCUAAUAUAUUUUUGAUGGCCCAUGUAUAUUAGGGCUAAAGUGAUAUCAAUACAGACCGGAACCAGCAUCCGAUGACCUUUAAUAUAUGAACCAUAAAAUGUAUCGUAAUAAAGAAUUUUUAACAAAAAUAAAAAUGUUAGCUUCUUGAGUCAGAUAUGAUGCAGCCUUAAAAAAAAACUACUUAUAUUGAUGUAGCUUUAAAUAACAAGUUGUGUAUUAUAUAAUAUAGUAGUAUUUAUUAUUAUAAUACAUAUAUAUAUAUAUAUUCGUUUGGAACUUCUCUUGGGAGAAACGACAUUUCUUUAUUAGAGGUUUAAUUAUAUGGAAUCAAGUGCACUUUUUACAAUAGAAUACAUACUUAAUUAUUAUAGUAUAGAUAUUAAAAUCGUAGAUUUGCACAUUAUUUUUUUUUUUCAACAGAAACAGAAAUAUUUUAAAUCACAAUGUAUUGCCAGAUAGAAAAUAUAUUGUCUAAAUAUACGUUUUUAUUGCCAUAUGAAAAUAAUGAAAAUUAAUCGUUUAUUUAUAUUGGCUUUGUGAGGUGUGAAAGUUUCAAAGAAGAGUGUGAGCGCAGUAUACAUUACAAUUUUGUUGUAUGUUCGAACUUAUAUAAUCUCAUUGCUAUAAAGUAAGCUUUUAAUAAAAACUAUAUUCUUGAUUAAGACAUUUAUAAUUCUUCACUCGCUCUGUUACGUGUAGUUACAUCUUAACAUGUGACUCGUAUGCAUAUUAGCUCACUUUAAACGUUCCAGCCUUCAGUAAUCGUUAGCUUCACAUCCUGUGCCAAAUCAUUUGCCAUCGACGACCGCUUUGUCAUUGUUAUGUUUAUAAGAUGUAUUAAAAUUAUAUUAACGAA